AUGCAUAAAGGCCGGACGUGCAUGCGAAGGAUACACCUCGAGUCCCGGGCGGCCUGGUCCUGGCGAGGCAUUCAAAUUUGGCAACUCCUCUCGACCGACCCUGAUCUUGACUGGUCCGAACGCCGUUCGCUUGCCUUCUUCCAAGACCGCACUGCACUCGAGCUAUCGGGAUCAUUUCAAAAUGACUUCUGGUUGUCCACAAUCCUACCAUUCGCCCAGCGAGAUGCGGCAGUCCGUCAUGCACUGGUCGCCCUCAGUAGUAUGCACGAGCAUUAUGCGGGGAUAGAUCACUAUGUACCUCCAAGCGGCCUUGAUUUUGCACUAGACCAUUACGGCAAGGCUAUACGAGAGCUGGUACGGCUCAACAACCAAAAGUACUGGGAGGAUGGCUUCGACUGUGCAUUGGUCGCGUGUGCCUUGUUCUCCUCGUUCGAAUCUCUCCAAGGCCACUAUCAUACCGCUUGCACGCACGCGAUCUCUGGCAUGAAGAUGCUUGCCGAACAUCAACGUCAGAACCACGACCUCUCUAGCCCCGAAUCGGCACCGGUGGCCAAUUGCCGUGGCGAACUGAUGCGCUUCUUUUCAACCAUGAAAUUCCAGAUGCUUGAGAUUGGGGACACAAAUUUUGGUGGAGCUCGGCCACCUAUGGUCUGGGGGCCGCCAUCUAUGCCUGAGCGGUUCGCCUCGUACGAAGAGGCCUUGCUUCACAUGGAAGGGCUGUUAGCGGAGCUUGGCGACUAUGCCUUUCGACUGGAUGAGCUUGCUCAAACCGGGCCUGUCUCAGAGGAGAUGGCGAAUAGGUUCAAGCUCGAGUUCAUGCCCAUCAAGGAUCAUGCAAUGAGAUGGAUGGCGGUUUUCGACGCACUGGGUACUGAGCAGCGGCAGAUUUCAAGAUCGAGUACGACAGCCGAAUCAAAUUCUUCCAGCGAACGGGGAUCCUCCAUAAGAGGGGAUACUUGGACCCUGCCGCCAGCCGCAUCAUUGCUCAGCGCCUUCCGGUCAUUGCUUACUGGAUUCGUACAACGCCUAGAAGUCAACGAUGAGACGAUCAUGGACGAAUAUGCACCCGAUCUGGAACGCUGUCUGGAGUUGUGCGAAGCAUUCAUCAAGCAAACAUCUCACCUUGUAACGCCGGUCCCUAGUCCAACACCCAGUCCUGGCAAACUAGCCUCGCAGAGUCCGAAGGUUGCGCGGCCAUCUUAUUCUUUGACCCUGGGCGUGGUGCCGGCGUUGUUUCUAAUCGCUACCAGCGGAUCGAAUAUGUCGACUCGAGCACGCGCAAUUCGCCUCCUCAGAUGCUGCCAUCGGCGCGAGGGGUUUUGGGAUUCAGGUAUCGCCGCAGAGCUUGCGGAGCGGGUCUGUCAGAUUCAAGCCGUGGUCAAUCAGAAAUACGGCCAAUCGAUGCCUAUCGGCUGCAAGGUGCUGGAUGUCAGCUUCCUACCUGAUAGAAAUUGCAUGGUUCGGUAUAGGCUGAGGAAGCUUCGUCCUCAGGGAGACGAAGAUCAUAUACAGGGGGAAUAUGAGACGCUGGACGAAAAUAAGAUAUAUUAUGAGAGCUUGGAAUGGGAUGGGCUAAGGACGUGGAAAAAUUAG